AUGAUUUUACCCUCUCAGGGCGAACCCCAGAGUUUUGAGACGUCUCAAAACUCGGAGGAUUUACUCUCUCAGGGCGAACCCAAGGCUGUCUCUCCUCACAAUGUGUCUCCUUACAGUGUGUCUCCUUACAGUGUGUCUCCUUACAGUGUGUCUCAUUACAGUGUGUCCCCAUCUUGUCUGCCGCCUCCUCACAAUGUGUCUCCUUAUAGCGUGUCUCCUUAUAGCAUGCCUCCUCACAGCGUGUCUCCUUAUAGUGUCUCUCCUCACAGUGUCUCCCCGUAUAACGUGUCUCCUGCGAUGGUGUCUCCUUGCGGUGUGGAUGUGUGUGCAACGAUUCUAGAGCCAACGCCGAGUCCGGGGAAGCAACACGCAGCAACGAGAAGAGAAAGGAGCAGGAGCAUAAGCAGCUCUGGGGAGGAGGAGAGUGUGGGGAUGAUGAGGCGAGGGGAGAGCGGUGUUGGUUCUUCUGCUGCUGCUACUACUGCUGCUGCUGCUGAUAUGGGAGAUGGUGCCUGGAGGAGAAGACUCAGGAGCACUUCAGGGGAGGAGAGUGAGGGGAUGAGGCGGGGGAAGAGUGGUGGUAGUGGUGGCGGUGCUGCUGCUGCUGCUGCUGCUGCUGCUGCUGCGGCUGCUGAUGUGGGAGAUGGUACCUGGAGGAGCAGAAGCAGGAGCACUUCAGGGGAGGAGGAAAGUGAAGGCACGAGGCUAAGGGAGAGUGGGGGGAUAGGCACAGGACGCAGAGCAACGCUUAGAGAAAGGAGCAGGAGCAGGAGCAUAAGCAUAGGCAGCUCUGGGGAGGAGGAGAGUGAAGGUGCGAGGCUAAGGGAGAGUGGGGGGAUAGGCACAGGAGAGAGUGUGAGGACGAGACGAGGUGAGGGGCUGCGAGGGCAGGAUGAGGCGAGGGGUGUUGCAGGGAUGGGAGGAUCGGGGGGUGAGAAGAGGAUGGGAGGGAUGGGGAUGAGAGUGAGAAGCGGGUCCGAGCUGGAUAGAAUGGGCGAGGGGGAGGUUGUGGAGAUGAGACGAGCAGAGACACUGCGAGGGGAGGGUGUGAGGAGUGGUGAGAGGAGGAUGGGAGGUGAGAGUGGGAAAGGGGUUGGGAGAGGAAUGGAAGGUGCGAGAGGGGUGGAGGGUGGAAAAGGGGGUGGUGCGAGAGGGGAUGGGGGUAUGAGAGUGAGAGCAAGGAGUGGUUCUGAACUGAGUGAGAUGGGCAAGGGGGGUGCGGAGGAAAGAUAUGAGGAGCGAGUUGUGGGUCCGAUGGUGGGUGGGGAGGAGCAGCAGCAGCAUGCAGGUGUGGCGAUGCGACGAGUGCAGACCAUGCGGGGGGAGGGUGUGAUGGGUGGUGCAAGUAGUGGGGGUGCAGCAGGUGGGGAGCAGCAGCACGAUGCUGUGGUGAUGCGACGAGUGGAGACCAUGAGAGGGCGAGUCGAACAAGUGCAGGUAACGCGGGGGGAGCAGCAGACGACGCAACAGGGACAGCAGCAGGGGCAGCAGCAGGGGCAGCAGAAGGGGCAGAAAGGGCAGCAAGUUGCAGUGCAUACCGGCCCAAGGCUGAAAGGCAGUACACCUGCUGCUGGUGCUGCUGCUGCUAGUGCUGCUGCUGGUGCUGCUGCUGGUGCUGGUGGUGCUGCUGCUGCAGGUGUUGCUGCUGCUGGUGCUGCCACUGCUGCCGAGAGAAAGGGAAACCAAUCCUGCACAGAGCAACCCUCAGCAGAACAACCCUUUUUAGGGACACCCUUUGCAAGCGUAGCUAAAGGGGGUGUGGCGAGGCAAGGAGGGAGCGUGAGGGAGCGGGGGCGGAAGAAGCGGCUGAAUGCGUGGGACGUGUUUGGGGAUGAGGAGGAUGUGAUUGGGCGGGAAGGGUGCGUGGUGGUGCAAUCAAGUGAUGCCAGUGCUGCUAGUGCUGGUGCGCGUGUGCUCAAUGCCAAGUGCUCCCCUCCUACCGGCUCCUCCCCUCCACUAGGUUUCGCUCCCAGCGUGUUUGAAAAAUUAGCGCCUGCCCGGAGUUUCACAUCUGCCCGGGAGGAGGAGGAGGAGGAGGUUGACUCGAGUCCACCACUCGUGCGGUCAAAGUCUGAAAAGAGGGCGGCGGGGCGGAGAGGACGGGGACGUGAGGUUUCUGAGAAAUCUCAAAAGCCACCUGCAUCAAUCAGGGAUGUCAUAUCUGCGUGGGAGGAGGAGAGGGUUGACUCGGGUCAACCGCUGGUGCGAUCAAAAUCAGAUAGAAGGGGGAUUGCGCGUAGCGGAGGGGGGCGGGGGCAGGAUGGGCUGAUUUCUGAGUCAACUCAAAACCGGGUGGGUGAGGGAAGAGGAGCGGGGCGAGAUGGGGUUGUGGGGAAGGGAGACGGGGGAUUGAGAGGAGACGAUGCUGUGGGAGGGAGAGAGGCGGUGGAGGGGACAAGGUUGCGCCGUGCUGUGAGUGUGCAAGGGGGGUUGGGUAGCCGUAUUGAGGCAUGGUCACAGCAGCAGAAGCAGCAGCAAAUGCAGAAGCAGAGACAGCAGCAGCAGCAACAGAGGCAGGAGGAAGAGGGGCAGCAGGAGGAAGGGCAGCAGCCGAGCAAUCGGGUGAGAUUACUGCUGCAGAGAUCAAUGAGUCGGAGGGAACGCGCAGCAGCGAAAGCCGCAGCACUAGAAGUGUUGUCAGCUGCUGCAGGAAGAGCCGCAGCAGAGGGAGAGAGAGAAACAGAUGCAGCCCCGACUGCAGAUAUGUUUGCUAAGAACACCGUUGAGGGGAGGGAGCAGAUGCAGCAGGGGGAGAGGCACAAGCAGCCUCAUAGACAGGCCUCUAUGCCUGCUCGCACGCCCAGAGGGACUAGUCUGAUGGAGAGAGAGUGGGCGAAAGGGGAGAUUGGCUCAACUCAACCCGUCAAGCCCAGGAGAAGUGAGGAUGGAGGGAAAGGGAGGAGGAAAGGGACGGGUGAAGCAGUCACACGAGGUGGAAUAGAGGAGGGGAGAGGGAGGGGAGUGGAAGGGGGAAGGGGGCAGGGGUCGCAGAGAGCAGCAGACGAGAAGCGGAGGCAGGGAGGGGGAGAGGAGGAGGGAGGGGAGAAGCAGCAGAGGGUGAGAGAGAAGGAGGCACUGAGGGAGAUGGAGAGGGAGAUUAGGGUUAUGCGGGAGAGAAGGGCGAGGGAGCGUGCUGCUGCGAGAAAAGCUGCCGAGAGCAAGACAGGUGUUGAGGGGGGGAGUGGGGGAGGUGUGGAGGGUGGGGGAAGGGAGAAGGAAGAUGGAAAGGGUAGGGAGGUUGGAGGGGGGAGUGAGUGUGGAGGAGAGCAACGAGGGUUAGAGAGGAGGAGCAAGAGUGUAGGAGAGGGUAGGCUGAGAGCAAGAGGGGUGGUAUGUGAGGGAAUAGAGGAGGCGGAUUUAGAAGAGGAGGAGGAUGUACCUAGCUACCCCCCUUUGAGUCGCAGCCGCACUCAACCCAAUCGCUUGCCUUCUAACCCAUGCACACCGCGUUACACCCACCUCCCUCCCUUCUCACCACAUCCCUCCCUUGCCCCCUUGUCCCUUGCCGAACCUGGCCCCGAACCUGUUUUCCAAACUGCUUACCACUUCGACCUGGUCCAACCGCUCUCUCCAGACCCACAGGUCUGGGAGGAGCCCGAGGCUGAAACCGAACCUGAGAACGACCCCCGAGCCAAGCGCCGAGGCUUCCGAGAUAGGCUGUUCGGCCGAAGCUCGAGCGGAGGUCGGGACAAACUCGCAGAGGCGGACAGGGAAGUGAGGGUGCUGAAGGCUCAUGCUGGGAGGAAGGGGACUCAUGGAGGGAGUGUGGGGGGUUUGGAAAGCCGAAACAGCCUGUUUGGGCGAGAAGGGUCGUAUGGGCAAGACGGGGCGUAUGGGCAAGACGGCUUGUUUGGACGGGAUGGGUCGUAUGGGAGGGAGGGUGCAUUGGGCCUGGAUGGCAGUGGUGGGAGAAUGAGCAGAGACGGGUCUCUGAACGAGCAUGCUGCCGUGAUGAGCCGAGAUGCUUUGUUCGCUCGGGACGGGCAAGGCGAGAACGCUUCUGGUGGGGUUGGUGGUGCUGACAUGCAGGUUGAGUGCGGUACUGAGGGUAGCAGUGCGGUUCCUUUCUUGCCACAGGUGAAGCACCAAGCAGAGGCAUACACAGAGAGUGGCGGCAGUGGCACCAGCAGCGGCGGCGGCCACAAAGGGGGUCGCUUUUCCCUGAGAAGACACCUGCAGCGGCUCAAAAGCGGCGAGGCUAAGGCUCCGGUUAACUCUCCAUUACCCCGGGUAGUUGACUCGCUGUUUGAUUUUGCCCCUGACGAGGCUGCAGGUGUUUCCUCCCCUACGCUCUCCUCCUCCCCUUCCCUCUCCUCUUCCUGGGCUGGUAUGUUCUCCCGAACCCAGACUGGGAGCCGCCUGUCAGGUUCGGUAAGCAGCUGGGUCCGAAGCAGCUGGGGAGGCUCGGGAAGGGGGAGUAGGGAUGGGGAUGGGUUGAGCGAAGUUGCCUCCGCUGCUGUUGCCACUGCUGCUAGUAGUGGUGGUGGUUGCGCUUCUGCUUUUGACAGUAAUGGGUACGGCGACAUUGGUGUUGUGCCUAUGCGGAGGAGCAAAACGGAUGGGAGGAGGGACUAUAUCGAGAAAGGAGUGAUCCCUGUCAGCAUGAGCGAGAGCAUGAGUUUUGCAGAGAACGAGCUCGUGAAUGUGAUGCGACGGGGGGGUGUGAAAGGGAUGAUGGAAGGGAUGGAUAGGAUGGGGGGGGUGGAGGCAGGAGAGGAAGAUGUGGAUGUGGAAGGGGUAUAUGAAGCAGCACGGUUUGUCCCUCUCAAGGUGCCCAAGUCCCCUUCCUGGGCCAGUGAGAUGGACAUGUGGGCAACGGGGGGGCGAUAG